AUGAGCACCACCAAAGUCGUGAUCAUAACCGGCGCCGCACAAGGCAUAGGCCGCGGUAUCGCCCAGCAACUAGCGAAGGACGGCUUCGCCCUCGUCCUCGCCGACGUCGCCGCCGCCCGGUCCAAACUCGACGCUGUGGUUGUGGAGGUCGAGGCAGCUGGAGCACGGGCCAUUGGCCUCGAGUGCGAUGUGCGGCGAAAGGGCGAGGUUGACGCGCUGGUCACCGCCGCCACCGACGCGUUCGGCCGGCUCGACGUGAUGGUCGCGAAUGCUGGCAUUGCGCCGACUGACACGUUCCUCGACAUCACGCCCGAGAUGUACGACAACCUCUACGCUAUCAACGUGCGCGGGGUGCUAUUCUGCUACCAGGCCGCGGCGCGCCAAUUCAUCAGCCAGGGCUGGGGUGGUAAACUUAUUGCGGCAUGCAGUGUGUCGGGCUUCGAUACGCAGCUGCACAAGACCGCCUACUGCAGCACUAAGUUUGCCGUGCGCUCGCUCAACCAAGGGGCGUCCCGAGAGUUUGGAAAGCACGGCAUCACCGCCAACGUGUACUGCCCCGGCACUGUCAACACCGACAUGUGGCGCGCCAUGGACGAGGCGAACUUGGCUGACGACGGCAAGCCGGCCCCCGGCGUUCUCACGCAGCGCAAGGUCGACGCCACGCCGCUUGGGCGCAUUGCCGAGCCGGAGGACGUUGCACGGCUGGUUAGCUUCCUCGCUGGUCCUGCCUCCGACUUUGUGUCGGGGCAGGCGAUACAGGUCUGCGUGCGUGGUGCCGAGUACGUUACAUAG